AUGACAUUUCCUUUUGGCACAUGGGAAGAAGGGGGCAGCACUCUACGCAUACUUGUCGCGACGGAUUGCCACCUUGGCUACCUUGAGAAAGAUGAGGUGCGCAGAUUCGACUCCUUUGACACUUUUGAAGAGAUCUGCUCAUUGGCAGAAAAAAACAAAGUGGAUUUCCUGCUCCUUGGUGGUGACCUGUUUCAUGAGAACAAGCCUUCCAACUCAACUUUGGUGAAGACCAUUGAGAUCCUGCGGCACUAUUGCAUGAACAACCGCCCGGUGCAGUUUCAGGUGAUUAGUGAUCAGGCAGCUAGCCUCCAGAAUAGGUUUGGUCAAGUGAAUUAUGAAGACCGAAACUACAACAUUGGCUUGCCCGUCUUCACCAUCCAUGGGAACCAUGAUGGUCCUUCUGGAGUUGAUAACGUGUCCUCAAACGAUAUACUCUCAGCUGGAAAUCUUUUAAAUUAUUUUGGUAAAACUGAUCUUGGAUGCACCGGUGUUGGUAAAGUAACAGUUUAUCCUGUAUUUAUCAGAAAGGGUGAAACUUAUGUUGCCCUUUAUGGACUUGGCAACAUUAGGGAUGAGAGACUGAAUAGAAUGUUGCAUGAACCUCAUGCAGUUAAUUGGGUGCAACCUGAAACUGGAGAUGGGACACCAGCCUAUGAUGACUGGUUCAACAUCUUGGUUAUUCAUCAGAACAGGACAAAGGGAAGUCCUAGAAAUGGUAUUAGUGAGCUCCUCCUUCCACGUUUUCUGGACUUGGUAAUUUGGGGCCAUGAGCAUGAAUGUCUUAUUGAUCCCCAGGAGGUUCCUGGAAUGGUUUUCCACGUCACCCAGCCAGGUUCCUCAAUUGCUACCUCACUGAUUAAUGCUGAAGCAAAGCCAAAGCAUGUGCUCCUGUUGGAAAUCAAGGGGACGCAGUACAGGCCAACCAAAAUACCUCUGCAGUCUGUUAGACCUUUUGAAUAUGCAGAGGUUGUACUGGAAGACCAGGUAGAUGUUGAUCCUACUGAUGAAGCAACCAUUCAUGUGCAUCUGCACCAAAUUGUGAGCAAUCUUAUUGAGAAGGCUAGGGAAUCAGCAGCUACUGGUUCACUGCCCAAGCUUCCACUUGUUAGAAUAAAGGUGGAUUACUCCGGGUUCUCAACAAUAAAUUCGAAGCAAUUUGGUCAGAAUUAUGUGGGCAAGGUUGCAAACCCACAAGACAUCCUUGUUUUUAAAAAAUCAGGGAAAAGGUGUAAAGUUACGCAAGGAAGCACUAACAGUUCUGGAGAGGUUGACAUAAAUGAACUCAACCAACAAACCAUUGAAGCUCUUAUUUCAGAAAGCAACUUGCAAAUGGAGAUCCUUUCUGUACAUGACUUGAACAGUGCAUUGCAUGAUUUUGUCAACGAGGAUGACACGAGGGCAUUUCACUCCUGCUUGCAACAAAGCAUUGACGAAGCUAGAGCACCAGAAAAGGAAGCAAUCACCGAGGGAAGAACAGGCCUCCAGAAUCUGCAGACCGAUACACUCAGCGUGUUUGAGAAGCCGCCGACGCUUGAAUCCGACGAUGAGCCCGUCGAAUCCUCCGAUCCGGAGGAGAAUGGCAGCAGCAGCAGCAGCCAGCAAGCAGGAAGGAAGAGGCGAGCGGCACCAGGCGGCGGCGGAGGAUUUGCGGCGGCUGCUGCUGGGAGGAGGAAGACGGACCUGACCUCGUUCCAGAGGGCUCCGACGAAGGAAGACGACGCUGAUGCAACCAAGAAACGCCGGGCUCCUGUUGCCGCCGGGAGGUACGGGGCGGUGAUUCGGAGGAGGUGA